AUAAUUUGAACGUUUUCUGUAUUUUCCCUUGCUUUGAACUUUCGGGUCUCUAGUGGAUCUUUAAUGCAGGAUCAGGGUUGAAGCAUAAUUACAGGGGAGAUUUUUUCACACUGUGUUCCCCUCAAAGAUUCUGUAGUAUCUUCUAGGUGUGCUACCUAAUGCCUGUAGUCACUGCAAUAGUAACAGUUUUACUUACAGAUGUGUUUUUCUUCACGUAUGUUUGGAGGUCCAAAAACAGUUGAGAUCCUUUCUCUAGAAAUAUCCUUGUUUGAUGCUUAGAAUGAAUUUUGUCUUCUUCACCAUGCACUGUGGACCCCCAUUAUUAAUUGCUGUUGUAGGAAAUCUAUUUAUCCUUUGUCAGUAUCAUCAGGAGGACUUCAUAAAUCACAUGGAAGCAGUUUCUCCUAAACAGAAUUUUUAAAUGAUGUCUCAUAACAUGAAGAGAAAAAGUAUUCUAUCCCAAGUUUAUAAGAAAGAUAUCCCGGCACAGAAGGAAUCAUUCACAGCAUGUCUUGAAAGAUGUAAUUCUUCCAUUGGAACAACUGAUGGUUGAAAAAGAAGGUUAUCUUCAAAAAGCUAAAAUUGCCGAUGGAGGAAAGAAACUAAGGAAAAACUGGUCUACUUCCUGGAUUGUUCUUUCCAGUCGAAAAAUUGAAUUUUACAAAGAAUCCAAGCAACAGGCUGUAUCUAAUGUGAAAACUGGGCACAAACCAGAAAGUGUGGAUUUAUGUGGAGCACAUAUUGAGUGGGCCAAGGAAAAAUCAAGCAGAAAGAAUGUCUUUCAGAUCACAACAGCAUCAGGAAAUGAGUUCCUUCUACAGUCAGAUAUUGACUUCAUCAUAUUGGAUUGGUUCCACGCUAUCAAAAAUGCAAUUGACAGAUUGCCAAAGGAUCCAAGUAGUUCAUCAAGAAACCUGGAAUUAUUCAAAAUCCAGAGAUCCUCCAGUACUGAAUUACUAAGUCAUUCCGAUAGUGACAUAAAAGAACAGAAACCAGAGCACAGAAAAUCUUUAAUGUUCAGACUGCAUCAUAGUGCUUCCGAUACAAGCGACAAAAACCGAGUUAAAAGCAGAUUAAAGAAGUUUAUUACCCGAAGACCUUCCCUGAAAACUCUGCAAGAAAAAGGACUUAUUAAAGAUCAAGUGUUUGGCUCUCAUCUGCACACAGUGUGUGAACAUGAAAAUUCCACAGUUCCACGGUUCGUAAAGCAAUGCAUUGAAGCUGUCGAAAAAAGAGGUCUAGAUGUUGAUGGAAUAUAUCGAGUUAGUGGCAAUCUGGCAACAAUACAGAAACUAAGAUUUAUCGUCAACCAAGAAGAGAAGCUGAAUUUGGACGACAGCCAGUGGGAGGACAUCCACGUUGUCACCGGAGCACUGAAGAUGUUUUUCCGGGAGCUGCCUGAGCCGCUCUUCCCUUACAGCUUCUUUGAGCAGUUUGUGGAAGCGAUCAAAAAGCAAGACAACAACACAAGGAUUGAAACUAUGAGAUCUCUUGUACAAAAACUCCCUCCACCAAAUCGUGACACCAUGAGAGUCCUCUUUGGACAUCUGACUAAGAUAGUGGCCAGGGCCUCCAAGAACCUCAUGUCCACCCAGAGCUUAGGGAUCGUAUUUGGACCCACCCUUCUGCGAGCUGAAAACGAAACAGGGAACAUGGCGAUACACAUGGUCUACCAAAACCAGAUAGCUGAGCUCAUGCUGAGCGAAUACAAUAAGAUCUUCGGCUCGGAGGAAGACUGACAGACAAGACAAGUUACAGAAUAUGUUCACAUCUGUCUCGAUGCCUAAUAUUUUUACAUUUCUGUAAACAUAUUUCUGAAAUAUUUUUUUCCUUUCAAGCGACAGAUGCCUCAUUUUGUGAAAACUUCAUGAUGAUUUUGUGUUUAAGUUCCAAACAUUUGAAUAAAAUAGUUGACAAUAUUUGCCUAUAUGUGUUCUACAUUAACCCCUUCAUCACUCUUCCUUCCAGCUCUUCUCGGCGUGCACGAGGCAUGCUCCACUCUGUUCAGUAACGCACAGAGUAUGGCACGUAGCCAAAGAAAUCAUUUUAAUGCUGCAAGCCUUCGGUGUGUGGCUGUGUGUGUGGAGAUGUGUCAGUGAGUGUGCGUGUGGCUGGGAGUAUGUGUGCACACAGGUGAGCCUUCUCAUUACCCUGGCUGCCUCAUACAUGUUCCCACACUCCUACUUAUACUCAAGAAGAGCCGAAAGAAGAAGGAAGGCAUAAAUUAAUAUUUUUUAAAUAGAACAAAGGAGGUCAGGUUCUUAAUGAAAAUAGACAUGUUUCAUCUUUUAAGAACAAUGUGGUAUGUGUAAAUACAGUCCAGCUAUCCUUAGUGCUAUAAGGUGAGAUGUACAAAUUCUCGUUGAAUGGCGAUAUUUUCCUGAAGAAAAAUGACGGUUCAAAACAUUUGCCAUGGGGUAUGUCUUUUAUAUAUACUAUGUUCAGUUCCAUAAACAUACUAUCUUAUAAAUUAGAGGCAAAAUUAGUGCCCUGCGCUUUUGGUCUUUGUAUUAGACAGGAAUUGCAUGACUGCUCAUUUUUAAUGUUAACAUCCAUUUUGAAGCUUCAUCAAACUGUAUAUCCUCCUUUUCUCUCGCUGUGUCAUCUUAUGUACAAUCU